GGGCUGGAAUAUCUGUCGAGAUGAAUUCAUCUUGAACACCAACAAUAUUUGUAUUCUACGUCUCGUCAGCUUCAACUCAUACCUUUUCGGGUCCCUCCACGCUCAAUCCUCGUCAUAUCUUCUCUCAUCCAUGCCAUCAUCGUGAGAAAAACCAAGAUCCUCGUCCUUACAGGCCGAAAUUAUGCCCGGCCAAAAUCCAAAGGCCGCAGUCAGUUUCGAUGACAUUAUUCAGGCUGACCGCAACCGACGGAAAAAUGAGGCAUUGGCGAACGAGAUUUUCGGUCGCAACAAAGCCAACAACAACGCCUUAAACAAUUCAAGCAAGCCUUCAAGUCGAACUCCCGAUCUCGCAAGUAGAGUGACCAAGGCUACAAAACGAUCCUCCUCCGUCGCCAGCACGGGCUCUCCAAGAUCCAACGCUUUCACUCCCCCUUCUAGACCUGCCUCCACCAUCAAUCGUAAUGCCCGACAAAAUCGUGUCGCCAAAGCUUUGAACAGUCAAGAAGUCAAUAUUGUCUCAUCUUCAACACCGUCCAAAGACCUUGGUUUGAGCAUCAAAGGGAAAGCAGGACCAUUCGCCGUCGAAGCAAGCAAUUUCGCUCGAGGCACGACAGUUGCCGACAUAGAAUCAUCCCUUCAACACGAGUUCCUCGAUAGUUCCGGCGGAAAUGGACUCAUAUCAUGUCAACUCACCCAGACCACUCCUUAUGUUGUGGCAGAAAUGGUCUUCACGGAGAAACUCAUUGCCGACAGAAUCAUUUCAACCUAUGACAAACAAAAGGCGGACGGCCGAAUUCUGCACCUCAAGCUCAAACCCGUCGCUUCUAUACGCGUGUCGUCUUCGCCCACAAAACCAAUCGAGCUCAUCACCUCUGACACGCUCCCCUCCGAUCCUGUCGCUUUGACGACAAAUGACGAUGCUAUGGAAGACGUCGAGGCAGAUGUUGCACCCCUCAACAACAGCAAAUCAUUCGAGGAGCAGGAGAGGGCAAUCGCCAGAGGCGCAGAUGUGAACGUGAAAGACGAUCGAUACGAUUUCGAGGAUGACAAGAGCAGCAGAAGAACCGACGAACCGCGGCGCGAUCGUGAGCGCGACCGAGAUUACGAGCGAGAUCGCGACGGAGAUGGGCAUCGAGACCGAGAGAGAAAUCGUGACCGUGACCGCGAGCGAGAGCGAGAGCGAUACGAUAGCCGCGACCGACCUUCAACCUAUCGACAGGACGCACGCCCUUCGUCUUACAACUCACGCGCAUCACACUACGGUAAUGGCGUAGGCAAUGUCUCGGGGCCCGCAUUUCCUGGUCCAGGACGCGGUGCAUACGGAGGCUACCGUGGAGGGCCAGGAGGUGGUGGAUUCGGCCCUGAUACCAUUAGAGGUGGUGGAGGCUUUGGACGACGAGGCGAUCUGCCCGGAACAGGCGGUGGCUAUGCAGGCGGAUAUCGACGAGGCUAUUAGUUUUAGCCUUGGAUACUUCCCGUGGCUCCGUCCGUCAUAUUUUUGCCUGCCCAUAUGCGCCACUUGGCGCCAGCCAGGCACUUCGGCCGCUUCCUCGUUUUGUCUCUUGUACCAGAACACAGGUUCACCGCCAUGCAUGCAUGCAUGGCCUUGACCAUCAUCACAAGCCGAUUGUUUGUGUACGAAUAAGUACAUCGCUUGUUAUCCAUCCAAAGGAGGAAGAAUAGAGUCAAUAGUAUCAGAACUGUGAGGAUGGUCAAAGUGGGGAUCAUUCCCAGAAUCACCAUCAGAAGCAUGAUACAUAAGGUGGAAAUGUACGUGUAUGAAUGCGAGGUCCCUUAAGGACACUUGUCCAAGAAUAACUGC